CGGUUGGUUUGUGAAGCGAUGAGAGAGACGUGACGAAAGCGGAAUAUGAUUAUGAUGAUGAUGAUGAGAACACCAGCGCGAGCAGAGUCUGACGACAGCAGAGUUUCGCCUUUCACUCGAGGAAAAAAAAGCUGCAGGAUCUUCCAGAAGAACCUUCGAGCUUAAACGACAUCGAGACCUUGAGUGCAUCACAGCCAAAGCGAGCGUUAUUGAAGCAGGAGCUUGUUUUAUUUCAUUCAAAAGUCCCAUCAUUUAUGGAUCUGCGGUGACCCGAUGCGCGCACCAAACAUCCAGAGCUAAAACCAGUGAUGGCAUCUUACCAUAGCUUGGACGAUGACGCAAUGGCUUUGAUGGUCCACGACACGAACGCGGUGAAGAAAGAAGAGUUCGCGAAGGACGCGCCGCUCCAAGAGCCGAGUUCUGAGAAGGUGGAUGCGUCUCAGAAGCCGCCUUACUCCUACGUGGCUCUGAUCGCCAUGGCCAUCCGGGAGAGCGCGGAAAAGAGACUGACCCUCUCCGGCAUCUACCAGUACAUCAUCACCAAAUUCCCUUUCUACGAGAAAAACAAGAAGGGCUGGCAAAACAGCAUCCGACACAACUUGAGUCUCAACGAAUGCUUCAUUAAAGUUCCGCGUGAAGGCGGAGGGGAGCGCAAGGGCAACUACUGGACUCUGGAUCCGGCCUGCGAGGAUAUGUUCGAGAAGGGCAACUACCGGCGACGGAGGCGCAUGAAGCGCCCUUUCAGACCGCCAGCGGCUCACUUCCAGCCGGGAAAGGCUCUCUUCGGCGGGGAGGGGUACGGUAGCUUCCUCCCCGCGCCCAAGUAUCUCCAAUCCGGGUUCAUGAACAACAGCUGGCCGCUUGCGCAACCGGCGCCGCCGAUGAGUUACGCGUCUUGCCAGAUGGCCAACGGCAAUAUGGGUGCCAUGAAAGGUCUGUCAGGUCCGUCUUACAACCCGUACAGUCGAAUGCAAGCCAUGGGGCUGCCGAGCAUGAUGAACUCGUACAGCGGGAUGGGGCACCACCAGCACCAGGCGCCGCCGGCGGCGCAGCAGCCCUCGCCGGUCGCGUCCAACUCCGCGGCCGCUCUGCAGUUCACCUGCUCCCGCCAGCCGCCGGAGCUCUACUCGUACUGGGACCACGAGGUCAAAAACUCCUCGUUGCACUCGCGGAUUGACAUUUGAACCGAGGGAAUGCGCGAAGGGGACUUGGAACUGGGUCUGUUUUACGCAUCCAGCAAGGUAAACAGGGUGACUUUUUGUUGCUGAAGAACAAACACAGAUCUAAACUAUCUCAGUUCCCACAGAUGUUCUGGACUGCAUGGAUAAAGUUUUUUUUUCUUCUUUUUUCUAAAUCAGUAGUUUUUGAUGUGAUCGCUUCAGGAUAAACGCGUUUUACGACAAAAAUGCCUUCAGUUUCCUGAUCGAAAUUCAUUUGAGGACAGAAUAGAACGAAAAGCAUUGGCGAGAUUGUUUGGGACCAUUGUGAUUUUUACGUUUUUGGAUUGUCAAACCAGCACUUAAUAAUUUCUAUUUGCUUUCAAUAAACUGUUUUGAUUAAAAUGUCUUCGACACUCGAUCACUGAAAAAAUAAACAAAGUGUAAUGCGCACUCUUAAAAUAAAGGGUGUUUAUUGGCAUCAGUUUUUAAAAUAAAUGUAAAGAGAUUUUAAAAUCCAUGCAAUCUUUCUAUUGCACUAAAUGUUCUUUAUAUUGAAAAAAAAGCUUCUUAAGAUUAUUAAAAUGAUCUUAACACUAAGAAAAAUGUUUCUUUUAAGAAAUGUUCUUUGAGCAACCAAAACUCAAUGCAAAAGAAAAACAGCCCUUUGUUUUUAAGAGUGUAUUCAGCCAAAAAUGUUUAUUUUUUUUAUUCUAGAACGACUCUUUCGUGUCAUUUAGAUAUGGAAAGAUCAGAUUCACAGAUUCCAGCUUGUUAGGUAUUAUUUUUUCAGAAAGAUCUUUUCAAAUCAAGAGAAAGAAACUUGAUGUGAGACGGUUCAGUCGGUGCUGUUAUUCUAAAAUAUACCCUUUUUACAAAAAAAGAGAUAAAAAUGACAUCAAAACGCGCUUUAAAAUAAUAUGAAAAACACUUGAUUAGAAUAAUUGAUAUUCCUGCUUCUGGAAAGAUUUGAUUAUGAUAAUGAAUCAGUGUAAAUGUAACUGUAAGCCCGUGAGCUGAUGAUAGUCUUCAGUUCUGUUUUAUUUCGUUCUGCGUAAAUAAACUCAAUUCAUAUAAUGUAUCAGUGUUUAGUGUGUUCUGUCACGAUCUCUGAAAAAAUGUUUACAAGAAAACGUAAUCUUAUAGUUCUAGUUCAAAACGAUGUUUGGAUUUUGAUUUAAAUAAACUAUUAUUUAAAAAGAAGAAGAACUGGUCAAUGCAUUUUAUUCUUUUUUUUCUCUCGUUUCAGUAGAUACAUAAAACAUAACAUUUCUCGUGAACUUCAUUGCCCCAUGUUAUUUUUAUAUUUUGUAGACAAUUAAAUAUUUAUUAUCUAAACUUUCUGUUAGGCCUACUUAUUCUGAACACGGCCGAGCAUUUAAUUUCAGUCUGUCUGCUGGUUCUGGCUUUUCAUAAAAAUAUCAACAAUAACUCAUAAAUACAUUUCAUCUGUUUCUCUCAAGCAAAUCGAAUGUAAAAGUGAAAAUUAAAUCGUGUACAACUGCCGAAAUUGUCUUUUUAGAGCAUAUGCGAGAAUAAUAGCCCUACAUUAUAUGAAUAACAGUAUAUGGAUUUUAGAAAUAAUAUGCAUUAAAAUACAAUUACAGUGAUUGCAAUAAAAACAGAAGUGACUGAUGCCAACAGAAGGAAAUGUCAUUAUUUAUGUAUGAAUUCUGUAAUAAUGUUGGCAGUGAGUGUCUGUGAUCGAGGCCUGCUUUAAUGAAAGUUCAUGAGAAAUCGCGCUCCAUAUUUUCACAUCAGAGCAAAACAACAGCUGAAACUCCUGUCGCGAGACUCAAGAAAACCCAAGCAAACUGGAAAUUAACGAGACAUGGAAAAAAAUGUUUUAUUUGUUAUUAUUUGUUUGCCUUUGUUACAUUAACUAAACAUGCAAAUGUGCAUCUCCUCAGAUUUAUUGCC